AUGUCAACGAUACAGACCUCGCUCGCCGACGCCGAGGCGUAUCCCAUGACGGAGCUCCGCCGUCCGCCGUCCAAAGACGUGGAAGACGCGCCGGCCGAUGCGGAUAUCGCCAGAAGCGAGCCCGCGACGCCGUAUCUAAAGCUGGUCGUUGCGGGGUACUCGUUCUUCUGCGCCGGGGUCAACGACGGCACGCUUGGGCCUUUGAUCCCGUAUAUUAUUUCCAGCUUUGGAAUUGGGACGGGCGAGAUCGCUAUCAUCUACGGAACGACCUUCGCGGGCUGGCUCCUAGCCGCCGUUACCAACCCCAUCAUGACGGCUCACAUGACUCUCGGGCAGCUCCUCGGCGUCGGCGCCGUGCUGCAGCUACUGGCGCAUUGUUUGCGGCCGUGGAGCCCGCUGCCCCUUUUCUGCAUCACGUUCUUCCUGCAAGCGCUCGGCAUGGCGUACCAGGACUCGCACUCGAACACGUUCGUCAGCGGGCUCAAGAACGUGCCGCAUCGCUGGCUUAGCUUUAUACACGCGUAUGUGCCUAACGUCGAAACUAACUUACCUGCAGCUCCGCCCUUCCCUUCACUUCGCUUCACUUGGUUACAUGAUACUGCGUUCUUUGCGGAGUUCUUGAUAACUACCCAAUGCUACGCCCUAGGCUGCUUCAUCGGCCCGCUCGUCGCCACCGCCAUCGCCACGAGCGCCAACACCAUGGCCAUCGACGGCUGGAAGCGCGUGUACUUGGUUUUAAUCGGGAUCUCGGUGCUGAACGUCGGCGGCGUGGUCGUCGCCUUCCGGGACUCACUCUGGAGCCGGUUGAACAACGCUACCAUCAUCACCACCACCACCACCACCACCACCAGCGCAGACACAACCCCACGACAGAAACGCAACCGCGCCGCCAUGACGGACAUGGCCCGCCUGCUCAAGUCCAAGACCCUCUGGCUGAUCAGCAUGUUCUACUUCUUCGAGCUAGGCGCCAACUUCACGGCCGGCGGCUGGGUCGUCGAGUUCUUGACUACCGUGCGGGGCGGCAGCCUCUCGGCGAUUGGGUACGUGCCGACUGGGUUUUACGGCGGGAUGUUAGCGGGCAGGCUGCUGUUGGCCGAGCCGACGUUUCGGUACGGCGAGCAGCGCAUGUUGUUGGUGUAUAGCGUGCUGUGCGUUGCGCUGCAGCUUGGGUUCUGGCUGCAGCCGAAUAUUGUUGGGAGCGCUGUGGCGCUGAGUUUUAUCGGGUUCUUUACUGGGCCGUUUUUUGCUACUGGCAUGUCAGUCGCUUCGAAACUCUUCCCUCGGGAAUCACAGCCCGCCGCUCUGGGUUUUAUCUUCGUACUCGCGCAAGCCGGAGGCGCCCUAUUCCCUUCCAUUACGGGGUUGAUAGCGACGAACGCAGGCGUAGCUGUAUUGCAGCCCAUCGUAUUAGUGCUGUUCGUUGUCGGCGGAAUUAGCUGGUGGCUCGUGCCGAAGGUACCGCGACGAAACGAAUAG